AUGAAGGUUGCUGCUGCGUUCAUCGCUCUUACCCACGCCACUGAGGAUCCCGACACUAACGGCCCUAACUGCUGGCCAGCCAACGAGCAUGCCCCUCAUUGCGGAUGCCAAUGGAUCACUAGAGACUAUCAAAUGAUCAAUCAUGAGUGCACCUUGGAAUUCGACGCUCCAGCCAACGUGAUUCAAAUGCUCACCGUCGCCUCUUCUUUCCCCAUUCCAAAUGCCACCGAUCUCGACGCCAACAGCUAUACCUGGACUGGUAUCGAAGGAAUGAGCCACGACAACAAGCACGACAUCGUUUACUUCUUCCGAAGGGAUCAAUGCUGGGAAGAAAAACUCAACCCCGACACAAACGAGACCGAACUUGUUCCCGUCAACAUGACUGCUGCUGCCGAGACCUGGGCUUCACCCUCCCUCGAUUGUGUUGAAAACGCCGACGGCGAACCCCACCCUGGACCACUCCUCGGCAACUUCAACUACGACAUCGCCCGAUCCCACCAGCAAUACAAUCUCCCAAUCUACGGACUUGACCGAUGGGACGACGCUGAACGAAAGCGACGAGGAGCCGACAUCGCUUGGAUCGAAAUCAACAGUCACACUUACCCAGGAGACCUCCCCAAGUACGAAGUCCUCAUCCAAAACGUCACUGCUCACCACGGCCACGGAUCUGUUACUCAUGAUGAUUGCACGACUAACGCAUUCCAGUACGAUGUUAUGGACGCCAACGGAAACCACAAUGGAUGGCUCGAAUAUGCUCAGUUCGAACUCUGUGAGCCGGAUCUCAGCGCUGGCGACUACGAUUACACCGUCCCAUCUUCCUGGACUUCUUCCGUUGUACUCAAGUAA